CUGAACGCUAGAGAAAAACAAAAACGCCGGUAGCGCCGCUGUCGCCGCACAAAGCAGUUAGCUAUUUUUUACGUUCUUGUAUCUGGAAUUUAUAGUCGAAGCACGUGUGUGCAUCAGUACAAAGGUUAAUUUAGUCUUAGGUGUAAGUGUGAAUAUAUCUAGUUUAUUAUUGGUGAAUUCUCAGCGACGAAAAAUAAUUUAAUAAGAUAAAAGUAAAGCAACAGGAAGUCCAGUCAUGCUGUCGAAUGAUAGUAGCAUUAAAAUCAUUAAUCGGAAUAGCAAUAGAGGUGAACCAUCGAAGAAAAUGAACAAGGACGAGGAUCAUAAUGACAGCAUCGAGAUUUUGUAUCAAACCACGAAUGAGCAAUGUGUCAGAGAACUUAAAGUACUUUUGUUUGUAGAGAGUGUCGCUGUAAGGAUAUACACCAUGGAUGUGUCGUAUUUGUGCAACGAAUAUGACAUUAUUACCACAAUUUUCCCAUUUUAUGAGAUCUACAAGGAUGAGCUAGGCUAUAGAGUUGUGGAGAAUGGCACAUUGAAAAGAAUAGAACUGAAUGCAGUUCGUGAUCCUAAAUGUUCUUAUCAGUAUAUAAUCAAAAUUGAAACAGUAUCAAAGGAACGGAAGCCGUUGAAAUUCUUUGGUGAUUUUUACGUUAGAGAGGAGGUUCAAACGAAACAACCAUUUCAGUGUUUAACGCCAAAAUCGGUUGAUUUACAAGAACCUUAUUUUGAAGAAGAACAACUAGAUCUACAUAAGUCACGUGAGACUAAAACUACAAGGCUCUAUCCGUCAAUAAUCGAAAAUAACGAACAGAAAUCUUCAAGUCCGAGCCAGAAACCCGUCGAGCUGAGUGACAGUCCAAUAUUGACCAGAGACAAUUUACCUAUGCAUUCAAAAUCUUCAAAAGAUACCAUACUUGCUGUUUACCCGCCACCUCCAGAACGGGGCGGCAUAACAAUAUACAAAGAAAACUACAAAUGUCUAGGUGAUAGUGAGUACCUGAAUGACGUGGUAAUUGACUUUUACCUCAAGUACUUGACGAACGAGAUUCUUAAAAAAGAGGACAGAAACAGAACACACAUAUUUAGUUCUCAAUUUUUCACGCGAUUGUCGAAGCCUCCCGAUACUAACAAAGAUGCAAAAGUUGUUAUACCGGAAUCGGAAAGGAGACACAUCGGCGUGCAGAGAUGGACUAAGAACAUUAACAUUUUUGAAAAGGACUUUGUCAUUAUUCCUAUUAAUGAGCAUUUUCACUGGUAUUUGGCUAUAAUUUGCUAUGCUCACUUGGUUGAUGUGAUCAACAAUUACUCUCAAACUCUGAUUAGGCCAUGCAUCCUAUUUUUUGACUCACUUUCAAAUAAAAAUAAAGAUAGAAUAGCAGCAAUACUAAGAGGGUACCUGUCUCAAGAAUAUCUUGCUAAAAUGGGCAAACAGAAAAACUUCUCUUCAAAUACUCUGAAAAUAAUAUAUCCUAGAAUACCAAAACAAUCAAAUGCUACUGAUUGUGGAUUGUAUGUAUUGCAGUAUGUCGAACAAUUUUUCAAGGAUCCAAUCAUGGAUUUUACUGAGCCUCUAGACUUAUCACAAUGGUUCAAAUGCAAUAUUAUAAAAAGGAAAAGAGCACAAAUUGCUAGCUUAAUUGCUGAAUUAUCAAAAAUAUAUAAUUCUAAUAAAACAGUUUCGAUGCCUCUUUUGUACUUUCCAUCUGAUAGUAUAUUUUCUGAUGAAGAAAAAAAUGAUGAUUUGUAUUAUCGUCCAAUUAAACGGAAAAAGCCUCUUUACAAAGACAAUUAUGAGGGUUUCACUACAGAUAACAAAACUAAUAGUGUUAGUAUGAAAUGUUCUUCAGUUGUGUUAAAGAAGAAAAAUAAUAAGCAAAGUGAUUUUGAUAAGUCAAUUGAUAGUGUUCGAGAUAAACUUUCACCAAACGAUGAGCUUGAUUUAUCGAUAGAAUUUUGCAAUUUUUCGAAUAAUAAAACCUCCGAAAAUCAGGUUAAUAGGAACGAUUAUUUGAUAAACUCUGAAGAGGAUAAUGUUAUAAUUGAAGAGCAAAAUAUUCCUGUUGAAAUUGAUGAUAAGUCACUAGAAAUUAUAUCAGAUGUUCAAUUAUCCAAAGACUCUUUCUCUUUAUUAAAAUCUAUAGAUCACAACUACCUCUAUAAGCAUAAAAAAAUUAGUUUAACUCAAGAAAAUUUUUCAGAUUCAGAAAAUUACGUAUUUCAGAAAACAAAUAUUCUUUCUGAUAAAAUUGGAGAACAAUCUUCUAAUGGUAUACAUCCGAAACAUUACUGUCAUAUAAAAGAGAGGUCAAAAAAAAUGGUGGAAUUAGUGAAUAAAUUUCAAGAACAGAAAAUAAAUAAAUUGAAGAUGAAAAAAUAUGGAAAUGAAGAACACAAGAAAUCAAACAAAUGGAUAGAUACGUUUGAUUUCAAUUCUAGCAAACCUAAUUCAUUAUAUAAUGUUGAUGAGGAACGAGGAAUUCCACCAUCAAUAAGUUAUGCUACAUUUAAAAUUCAAAAAAAACAAUCAGAGGCAUUAAAACAGCUACUUUCUACAAAAAUGGCAGAUGACAGUAUAGAUUGUUAAAAUUUGAACUGAUGUGUUCUAAAUCUACAAGCUAUCAUAGUGAUACAAAUAAUAAAAAUUUUAUACUAUUUACUGUUAGUUUAAAAUUAUAUAGUUGUUCCAGUAUUUUAUAGUAUUAUUAAAUAUUAUAAGUUUAU